AUGGAAAACGGGGAGGAUGAGAUGAGCCCGCCGGUGGAGCCUCGGCCGCCGCCGGAGAGGACGAGGGCGGAGUCGGUCAUGCCCAAGCCGAGCCAGGGGACCAGGCGGGGGAGGGCGGUGUUCGUGAGCCCUAGCCCUGUCAAGGGCCGGCGGACUUGGGGCUGCUGUUUAACUGUGUGUACUAGCUCGCAUGAGAGAGGAGAGAGGGAGAAGGAGGAGAGGCCCCAAUUCUCGAGAGAACACGGGGACUCCGCACUUUCAUCCAAAGCCUCUCAGCACAUACCCUUCAAGUUGUCCCAGCUGCGUCCUACGGAACGGCUAUUUUUCGACUAUCCACUUCUACGCACGAACACCCUCCCUGGUUCUUUACGGCAGUGAAGAACCUCUAGUGCGUCGAAAAUACGUCCGAAAAACCGAAACACAACGACAAAACAAAAGUAACUGGGAAACCCGGCCACCGGAUCAAAACCCCUCAGAAAUUCAACGCCUCACGCCGAUCAUAUCACGAAAGAUU